AUUGGUCCAUACAGUUUUGGUCUUCCAUGUAAAAAUUCGACCCUGCUUCAGAAGGUAGUAAGUUUUUUUCGCUUUUUCAAGCUCGGGCUUUCAUGUUUUCCUCUUCUUUCUGCUAAUCACCGAACUGAAUUCGGCAAAACCUUUAGAAGGCUCAUACUCUUUAUCUCCUGACGAAUACUUAUUUCUUCAUGUUUCUGUAAAACUCCAACUCUGCAAAGUUUUGCUUUUCCGAUAGCGACACUUCACAUGAAUUGCGCCAGCGUUUCCACUUACGACCAGAAUGUUGUUGGAGUCUCGGUCCUCUCGGAGAAAUCAACGAAGUGGUCGCGUUGACUUGGACCGUUUGGGACAGUGGUGGUGCUACUGCUACUUCCCAGGCACUUGGAUAUGACUUCGUCGAUACGUCGCCAACAAGAACACUGACACACCGGAAGUGCCCAUGCCUGCCUGUUCUUCGUUUUCUACGCUUAAGGCUUCAGGCUCAGUAUCGGAGUUUUGCUCAUCUUUUGUCCGUUGCGCGUCGGAUGAGAUGACAGUCAGAACAUCUGCUCCGGCAUGGGUCAACGUAGUUGUAUGUACCCGUGUUCAGGUCCACCGUCCACUUUGCUGCGAUACUUUUUUCUGAACUCGGAUCAGUUUGAUGUAUCUCGAAACGCUUACAAGAGGUGAUGAUGUUGAUUCGAAAACGGUUGCACUACGAGGCAGUAAGGGAUAACUUCUUGUGGUUGAAUCGGCACACAAGGCGCAUUGAAGAAAUUACCGUCGUCCAAUGCUUGAGCGUGGGCGAAGUUGGAUUGUGUCCUCAGGCACAGCAGCGCCCCGCAGCGCUUGCUGCGCAAUGGCGAGCGUUGAUGGUGGCCACGCCAGCGCGUCGGAGUAUAAUGGAUCGAUAUCGCAAACUACGACCAGUUCCGCAGAAAUAUCCGCAAGCGUCUGCGCGAUUGUCGGAUGGGAAGGCCUUCUCGGUGCGUGAUCCCAUUUGUGCCGAGGCCUCUACUCGAGAUCCUACCCGAAACCUAUGCUCGCCUAUUCUCGAUCUUGGCGAGCCGACGAGUGAAACAACAACAACAACCCAAGCCAACCCAUAUGGAAACGUUGCUGGAGUGAAGCAUUUUACGGAACUGAACAACUAUCCCGCUUCCUCGUCUCUUAUGCGAGCCGCCAAAUCCUGUUCCUGAUCCUGCUGCGACUGAUCCUGUCCUGCAAAUGUGAUAUGUUUGCCUUUUGGCUGUAUCUACUUAUUUGCAUAGCAGGUUUGGGAAGCCCGGGAGCCGGGAGCCAUGAUAGCGGCGGUCCUCUAAAUGUCCAGAACUCGCAGAAAGACAUUGCUGAUGAUUCAUUGACUGAUCCGCAGUAUUAAAGUCAGGCAGUGAAUUUUUCGCGUAGAUCAGGAUGAGCAACAAUACAACUUUUCGCUCGAUUGCGUUGUUGAUCCUGCCCUGCAAAAGAAGGGGAUGGAGAGUUUUUCACUUCUGUCAUACACAGUCGCGCAUUGCGGCCGUUCUUGGAUAGCAAAUCUUGCGCGAGGAGUUCUUUGUCUCUCAAUGAAGAUGUAGAGACGCCGCUCGCGUAUAGUCGUGUUUCAUCGAGCGGGUCGACCAGUGCAGAACAGGAGAAGCAGGGCGUGCGUGACAGCAAUGCCGGUUCCGCAACGAAAAGUAGCCUGCAAGCUGGUCGCUCUUGCGCGAAAAAAGUUCCGGCGUUCCGAGGCGUUCCGCCCGAGGUUCUCCACUCGGGAAAUCCGCCGCGGCGAGUGCACUCACCGCCAAACGCCCGCGUGAUCCGCGUGGCGCUGAUUGGGCUCCCUAAUGCGGGCAAGUCAUCGCUGUUGAAUGCGUGCGUCGGGGGUAUUCCCGUGGCUGCCGUCUCGCAGAAGGUAAACACGACCAAUACAGAUGAAAUUCGUGGCGUGUAUACUUCAAAGAAUGUGCAGGUGCUUUUCCAAGACGCCCCUGGGAUCUUGCCCAUCCGGCCAAAGCACCGGGAGUUGGCGAGGAAGGCGUGGGACGGGUACAAGAAUGCGGAUCUGGUCCUGCUGGUUGUUGAUGUCGUGCGUCGACCCACCAGCGAGUUUUUUGGUCUUCUACGGAAGCUCGCUCCGCUUCCGCUGAUGGGCUGCGGAAAAAAUAGUAAAAGACCCGGCCAAUGCUCUUACCGAACAAGAGCAGGCGUAGAUGACAGCAGUGAAGCUGGCAGCAGCACAGUAGAAUCGGAAAGGUCCAGAGUGGAUCCCGGAUGUAGAAAACUGACUACCGAUACUGCGAAUGUUAUUGAGCCCCGGCUACCCCGCUGGGCUGCGUGCUGUGUCGCGGGGGCCUCAGCAGCUGCAGCUUUUCCAAGAGUACACCUGAAUCGAGCAGACCGCUGCGAGACCGGAAACGCUUCGUCUGUGCCUUCGAAGGAGAACCCAGCGUCCGGCGAUUUGAGCAAACGGCGCAAGCCCUUCGUUCUCUCUGGACAGGAGUUCUUGCUUCGGGAAAUGGGGGAUGCACCGCAACAGCACCUAGGCGCAGAAACCCUGGCGCGCCCGCCGGGAGCCAAGUUUCGAUCGAGUGCAUGCGGUUUUGGUGGUUCCGACGACCAAGCCGGCACACCGCGAAACUUUGAGGAACGUCGCGACUAUUGAAGAUAAAAGUACACCAUCCCUACAAGAACAUUCCUGAUGCUGCAAUUCUUAGAUAUUCUCCUGGUGGGGCUACAUCAUGAUGCAAACCCUACAAUGCAGACCCGGCCAUAAACAUAACUAGCAAAGCCAGCUUCGCCUGGAAGUAGGCAGUGGAAGAAGAAAUGCAAAUGUCAGCUACCGUCAUGAUCUAGAUAACCAAUCAAAAGCGCCCGGCCCGAAAGCAAAGCAAAGAAGUCAAAGCGCCGGCUCGCCCAAUGUGCUUCGUUGUCGCGGCUCCGGCGCGCCCAGAUUGGUCGCCCCGGCUCCGGCGUUCUCGAUCUGGUCGCCCCGGCUUCGGCGCGCCCAAUCUGGUCAACCCGUCCCCGAAGGCGCAUGGACGUGACUCGAUGGCGUCGGACAACUUCCGACCCGUCGGGCUAUUUUUGGCUGUCCGACGGCCGUCGGGCAACUUCUACGCCGUCGGGCGACUUUUGGCGGUCCGACGGCCGUCGGGCAACUUUUGGGCCGUCGGACGACUUUUGGCUGUCCGACGGCCGUCAAAGUCGUCCGACGGCCGUCGGGUGACAUUUGGAUGCCCGACGGCCGUCGGACAACUUCUGAGCCGUCGGAUGACAUUCGUUUUUCCGACGGCCGCCGGGCAGCUUCUGAGCCGUCGGACAAGUUCAGAGCCGUCGGACGACUUUUGGUUGUCCGGCGGCCGUUGGACAAGUUUUGAGCCGUCGGACGGCUUUUGGUUGUACGACGGCCGUCGGACGACUUUUGACUGGCCGUCUUCGAGCUCUUAUCUUAAACUCAAACUCGAGCCCGAGCUUGUGUCUCAAACUCACGCUCGAGCUCGCGCUUGUGUCUCAAACUCAAAUUCGCGCCUGUCUCUCAAACUCAAACUUGAGCACGUAGCUCAGCGGCGAGCUUGUGCCUGAAACUCAAGUUCGCGCUUGUCUCUCAAACUCAGGCGCCAGUUUGUAUCUCAAGCGUUAGUUUGGUUUUGAGCCUCAAACUCGAGCGCGAUUCUGAGCCUUAAGCUCAACGCUGGAACUCCAACGGACACGGGCAUUUUCUUAAUCCAUGGCAGGCAUCUUCUCCACAGGGGUUUAGAUUGAUCAGGUUUACUAAAGUUAAGCCACGUACGCUUCGCGCGUACUAAUGUGAAGAAAACGAGCGCAGUCAUACCGCUAGCAUGAAAAUCCACAAAAGCAAAAGCAAAAAAUAUGAGAGCGAAGCCAUAGAAGCCGGCAAAAGAGCGCAAAAUGUACACGCGGGGCCAGCUCGAGUCCGGACCUGCCGGAGUCCGCCGGACCUUCUUUCUCUGUCCGCCGGAGUCUUGCAGAAUCUCGAAAAGGAGCCCUAUUCCAUGGCGCUCGCCCGUAAAGGGCUCCGGGGCGGCAGGAGGCUCGCGCUCUGGUUGCCGGCCUGGCCCGCCGCAAUCCGGCGGCGCAGCCGGGGCUGGCCGCAUCUUUCUGUCGGUUGCCGCCAGCCUUUCCGAAGUCGGCCGGCCUCAAGGAAGGCCCGCCGUCCUCGCUUGUAAAGCCUAUCUGCCCGGCUUGUAUGUACUUAGAGCCUAGCGCGCCGACGUGUCCGGCCGUCGAGUUCGCAGGGCCGCCCAUUGGGAGUCCGACCGCCACGGCUGCGGGUGUUCCUGUGACGAACCUUCUACCUAGAGCUUUUGCCUCCAUUCCACCUGUGGCGAACCUUCUACCUAGAGCUUGUGCCUGCGGGCCGGACCGGACCGGAUAGCGCCCGUCGGGCCUGCCGACUUCAUCGGCAGGCUCGGCAGGAUAGAACUACAGACCGACGCUGCGAACGAAGAGGGUAAAAAGGGCGAGGGCGCCGAAGAGUGGCGGCGCGGGCCGGCGUCAGCUUCGGGCCUAUUUGGCUUGUUUUUAGCAUUUGGAUUUGACGGGAAGGCUUUGCCCGUUGGCUUUGGGGCUUUGCUUCAGGCUCUGGGCUUCAGAUUUGGUCAAGGAGAACCAUAGAAGCAGCACCUGAAAAAUCAGGCACACCCCCCACCGUGCGGGGCCAAUCAGCAUAGACGUGCUCUCGUCUGAGUGUUUCAACUACGUGGCAGCCCCGCUGGUGGAAAAACUCGCAGGGAGGAAGUGCGAAGACUCAGCGAGCAGGCCAGGGGCAUGGGAGGUCGCUCGGGGGUGUCCCAGCGGCGGUGUUUGGAAUUAGUUGCGUUUAUUUUGCGAAAAUCCCAUCUCCACCUGAAAGGGGAAGACGGGCGAGGGUGUGGCUCGUAAAAGAUGCCUGCGCUGAUAUUCCGCGCGAGCGGGCUUCCGGCUGCCACCUCUAAACGGGGAAAAGGCCAGGGAUAGGAGUGACCUGGCAUGCGCAAGGCAACCGGGUUUCGCAAGGAAUUAACGUGGAAGCGGGAUGAUGCGUUAUACUGGCGCCGCCACUUGCACUUGCUGUGUUAUGACUACUACGCAGGGGGAGACAGUGCUCCCGCUUGUGUCAGCGAAAAUCUACAUUGGUAUACAGAGUCUACAGUGGUGGGAAGGCACUUAAUCUGUUGCUGAAAGAACUAAAUUCAUGUGUGGCUUUCGUUUUUCGUAGGAUACGGACGGGAAUUUCACGGCAAUCGUGCAGCCGCACCUGGUGGCCGAUUUUGCAGCGGAGCAGAGCGUCGAAAAAAAUUUUAAUGAUGAUAUGCAGAAUGCCUACGCUCCUCGUUUGUCGGCAGAGGCCGAUGCGGGAAGUGCGGUGCAAGACGCGAAUGAUCUUCAGAGGAGGGCUAGGGCCUCCAGCCGCACGGCGGACGGAAAGCAGUGCGCUGGCCUGGCGGCUACUGACCAGGAGCAGCUUUCCACGCCCACCUGCUCAGGCGACACCGGAGGACAGACCGAAGAAUGUUUCGAUCCGUGCCCGGAGCUAACGAUGCUGCUACCUGCGCGACUGCGACUGGAAGAGCCCGGGAACGAAGUACCUACAUAUGUGCGCACCGCGGCAAAGCCUUUGGCAAGCCAGGGUGGAGCCACGUCUGGUAAUGAACAGCACAGGCCGAGGCGGAGGCCGCCAGUGGUUCUGGUGCUGAACAAAAUCGAUAAGGAGCCGGAGCACCGAUGGGUGGCGGCGCGGCGGCGUGAAAUAACGGCACGCGCCAGCUUCGACAAAGUGUUUUUGGCGUCGGCUCUGGAGAACCGCGGGAUUGAGUCGUUGCUGCGUUUCCUAGUCAACCAUGCAAACCAAGACGACGCGACAUUGCGGGACGCUUGGCUGUAUCCCGCAGAGCAGAAAACCAGCCUCAGCAAGCCCGACCAGGUAAAGCAAUCCGUCCGCGCGGUGUUAAUGACCUGGUUUCACAAAGACGUGCCCUACAAGGUCGACCAGGAGGUGGUGGGAUGGUGGGAGCUUGACGGAGACCGCGAUAUUUCGCGGGAUGAAGAUAUUUCACCAGAACAAGAUGUAGUCGGUCUCAAGAGCGUGAGCAACGAAACGGUAGGCGCCCUUGUUGAUAAACUCGGGGUGAAACGUAAAAAAGAACCACUUUCUGGGACGCAAGAAGAAGGACCCGCAGCUGCCAGGGAUAGAAAUGACACGAUGGCGGUAUCCGUGAAUCGAGCUCCACUUGGGCUGCAGCUAUGCAUUGCAAAUAAAAUAGGUACAAGGAGGAACCAGGUACCCUACCGAACCAGGUACCCGGGACCAGGUACCCGGGACCAGGUACCCAGGUCCAGGGACCCUGGGACCAGGUACCCCGGGACCAGGUACCCGGGACCAGGUACCCUGGGGCCAGGUACCCAGAAAACAACCCCCUCCCCAACCUGUCUCGACGAAGCUGCCCACCAGGCUGUCUUCGCGAAAACCAAAAUCGACACACUCCGUCGCAGUCCGGAACGACGCCGCCGAGUAUGUCUGCGCUGCAAACUUGUCUGGGUCUGGAAGGUUGCCAUGCUUGACCAGCGGCGCUCGGGUUGGCAGUUUGGUGGGUGGGUUCGUUUUUCGCGUACCAGGGUGCUCGCUCCCGGGCGGCCAGAGCGGCGUACUGGGUUGCGCUGUAUCAUUUAGCAUGAAGAAAGAAGCGGCCUCCCCCGGCUUUAAAAACGGCGGACCGGGGUACCCUGUUCCGUGGGUGCCUACAAGGGCUGGGCACCCUAUGAGAAGAGGGACGGGGGGCCCACGUCCGGGCAUUCGCGUCUGGGUACCGGGUGCCCACAUCCGGGUAUCCGGACGUGGGCACCCGGACCGGUACCCACAUCCGGGCAUCCACAUCUGCGCACCGGGUGCCCCCCGCCGGGCACCCGGGUCCGGAGAUGUGGGCACCCGGUGCCCCGAUGUGGAUAUCCAGAUGUGAAACCGCUUGACUUUUCGCGUCGCUUUCUGCUAGCUAAAGUUGAAGAGGUGGGCUCCCACAUCCGGCGGGCGCGAGGUGCUCACAUCCUGGUACUCACAUCUAGGCACCAGGCGCCCAAAGCCACAGCCGAUAUCCACAUCUGGGCACCGGGUGCCCACAUGCGGGCACCGCUACCCAUAUCCGGCCAUCUACAUCUGCGUACCGGGUGCCCACAUCCGGGAACCCGGGGACGGAGAUGCGGACAGCCGGUGCCCAGGUGUGGACGUCCAGACGUGAAACCGCUUGAGUUUUCGUGUGACUUUUUUUUUUCAACUCAAAGUUGAAAAGGUGCCCACAUCCGGGUAUCCGCAUCUCCGGUCCGGGUGCCCACAUCCGGGUACCCGGGUGCCUGGUCCCAGGGUACCCGGUCCCAGGGUACCUGGUCCCAGGGUACCUGGUCCCAGGGUACCUGGUCCAAGGGUACCUGGUUCCUACCUCUACCAAUGAAAUAUCCUAUCUGGGUCUGGAAGAAUGCACUUCGUAUGUAACGCGUCCUGUGGUUCAGGUUCACACAAAGAUCUGUCUUGAAUGACUACCAAAUAAAGCUACGACUUCUAUUGGUCGAUUUGAGCGGCAGCGGACCCGGACCCGGACGCUUCUCAUGCAGAAUAGUCAUGGCUAUGGGUAUGGCGACGACCUCGCCCGUUCUGUGAUGCUAAUUCGGGAAGCAAGGCUUCACGCGGUAUGGAAAAUCUGCAUGACGGGUUUCAGGAGACCCAGACACAUUUGCAUUGGAUAGGAGCGAGCGGAGGGCAGCUCACCACUGUCGCGUCAUUCAGAGAAUUCUCGCGCCGUUGGAGUGGAAGAUGGCGCAGGCAGCAGCAGCAGCAGUGGAGGAGGCACAGUCACCGGAGUAAAAACUGCGAGAGAUACAAAAAGAACAAUCGUGAUUGAGCACCAGCUUACCGUGUCCGAUUCCGUAGUGGCCCGCAUGAUCUGCGGCGUUGGGGGUCGUCUGUUGACGAGACUGCGUGAAAAUGUUGCUUUUCAAUUAGAAAAGAUCUGGGGCGUGCAGCGUGUUGACCUUCGGAUUACUGUUAAGUCUACCAAGAGCCGGCUCAGUCGACUGGAUCUUCGUUUGAAAGCCGCAGCCAUCCAGAAUAUGUGA